AUGCCGAGUCAGUCGCGCAGUCGGGACCGGUACGGCGGGGGGCGCGAACAAUACCGGGAGCGAGAUCGCGCGCGGGAAAGGGAACGCGAACGCAGACGGGAACGCGAGCGAGAGCGAGAAUACGUUCGCGGCCGAUACGAGGAGGCCGAUGAGGGGGGAGACGGCGGUGUGGCGUCGAGUCCCAACAAUGCCAAUGCACGUGGUGGACGAUAUAAUUUCCCCAGGUCGGGUCGUGAUUCCUACGACUACGAUGCAGAUGAUGGGUAUGAGGAGGAGCGGCGAAGAGAACGGGAGCAGCGACGGGAGCGCCGGAGGCAGCGCGAUGAGGAGAAAGCGUACAAUGAAGCUGUGGAGGAGAGACGGAGGGAGAGAUCUAAGGCGAAAGAGUCACCUGCUACGUCACCGACAAAGAAGAGAGAUCGCGAGCGGGAUCGUGAAGGGCAUCGCAGGCAACGCGGGUAUGAGGACAGGGAAGGCAGCCCGGCCAAGGAUGUCCGCGAUAGGAGAUCUCGGCCUCGAGAAGAGGAGCGCGAGAGGUCGCGAGAUGCGGAUGCUGAAGACAGACGGAGGAGACGACGAGAAAGAGAACGAGACCGCGAACGGAGCAUUGAGGCUGCGGCGGCGGCUGAUGUGGCUCGGAGACAGAAGCACCAGAGCAGCGAGUCGACGAACAGUGCGUCGCAUCUGUUGAGCGCGGAUGCGCUGGCUCGCUUGACGUCUGAGCAUGCCGAGGUGGACCGGCGAGCGCGAUCGCGUCCGCCAGAUGAUACCCGCAGAGACCGAAGACAGCGCAAACGCGCUGUUUUAGAAGGCGCCGCUGGGGCUGCCCUUGGUGCUGGGCUUGCUGAGGGGAGGUCAAGACAUAAGUCCGGGGCCCGAGUUGUCUCCGGGGCCUACUUGGAGGAGGGCCGCAGCCCUGAGAUGAAGGUCCGUCGUCGUGGAGCCACGUCUGUCAUGGAUUCCCGGUGGAAUAAAGAAGGGCCAUGGGAGACUGGCUCGGAUUCAGGUGAUGGAGGCCCGCCAGCCUGGAGAUUCUGGGCUGAUUGGUCCAAGAAGAAGCGGCUAUGGAUGGGUGGCAUUGCGGCUGUGGUUUUGCUGCUUGUUAUUAUAAUUCCGAUAGCGGUGGCUGUGUCAAAAAAGCACAGUUCCAAGUCAGACUCCUCGAGCUCGUCUGAUUCCUCUUCGAGUGAUCCUUCUAACUCCAAUCUGGAUGGCAUCAGUGAGGAUAGUAUUCCGUCCUACGCACAAGGUACUUACUUGGACCCUUUCACCUGGUACGAGACCGAUGGCUUUAAUGUCACCUUUACCAAUGAAACUGUGGGAGGGCUCUCCAUCAUGGGCAUCAACUCAACAUGGGACGACUCUGCCCGACCAAACGACCAAGUACCUCCUCUUAACGAAAAGUUUCCUUACGGCUCACGGCCGAUCCGCGGAGUGAACCUGGGUGGAUGGCUAUCCAUCGAGCCUUUCAUCGUGCCGUCACUCUUCGAAUCCUAUUCGGCUUUGGACGCUGUGGUCGACGAGUGGACUCUGAGCCAAGCGCUAGGAGGCGCUGCCUCAACAACAAUCGAGAAGCACUACGCCACCUUCAUUACUGAGCAGGAUUUUGCGGAAAUUGCGGAAGCAGGCCUUGACCAUAUCCGCAUCCAAUACUCAUACUGGUCGGUCAAGACGUACGAUGGCGACCCCUACGUCCCGAAGAUUGCAUGGCGCUAUCUUCUCCGAGCCAUUGAGUACGCGCGCAAGUACGGACUUCGCGUCAAGCUUGACAUCCAUGGGAUUCCCGGCAGUCAGAAUGGUUGGAACCACAGCGGCCACCAAGGCUCGAUUGGGUGGAUAAACGGCACAGAUGGCGAGUUGAACGUCCAGCGCUCUUUGGAGAUCCAUGACCAGCUAUCUCAGUUCUUCGCACAGGACCGAUACAAGAACGUAGUGACGAUCUACGGGCUUGUCAAUGAACCACUCAUGCUCGAUCUGUCUGUCGAGAAAGUGCUCGAUUGGAAUGAGCAAGUCUCUCAGCUCAUCCGCAAGAACGGCGUCACUGCCACUUUGGUCUUCCAUGACGGGUUCUUGAACCUGAGCAAGUGGAAGUCCAUGUUCAAGACUCAUCCAGAUAACAUGUACCUCGACACGCACCAGUAUACCAUCUUCAAUACUGGCGAAAUUGUGCUGAACCACACAGCUAAGGUAGAGCUUAUUUGCAAUAGCUGGUUACCUAUGCUUCAGCAAGUCAACAGCACAACAGAAGGAUGGGGUCCAACUAUGUGCGGCGAAUGGUCCCAAGCAGACACAGACUGCGCCAAGUACCUCAACAAUGUGGGCCGCGGCACACGCUGGGAAGGAACGAUGUCAACUACCUCGUCAACAGCAUACUGCCCCACCGCCGAUACGGAUGCGGGAUGUAGCUGCACAGACGCUAACGCGGAUGUCUCCCAGUACUCGGAUGUAUACAAGUCAUGGCUGCUGACGUACGCGGAGGCCCAAAUGUCUGCCUUUGAGAAUGCGAUGGGCUGGUUUUACUGGACGUGGCAUACGGAGUCUGCUGCGCAGUGGAGUUACCGUACUGCGUGGCAGAAUGGGUUCAUGCCGAAACUGGCGUAUGAGCCGUCGUUCAAGUGCGGUGAUACAGUGCCGGAUUUCGAGGGGUUGCCGGAGUACUACUGA